CAGCGGCGUCUAGCGGAGGACCGUCGACAUUUCAAAGCAGUGAUGAAGACUCGUUUGCUGAAACCACGUGACUUGGUCAGUUUGAUUCGUGAACUGAACCACUGAUUCAAAGCAAAAGAUUCUUAAACGUUUCGAAGCUUCAUUCGAGAUCAUAAAUACACAAACGCUAGGCUUGUUUUAAACCAAAUACAUUCGUGUGUGGUUAUACACAAAACUGACAGAAUCAAACGCGACUGACUGAGCGAUCUAUGGAAUAAACGGAGAACAUUUCCUGGUGAUAAAGAUGGAGAAUCGUGAAAACAGUCGGACCACAGAAACACCAGAUGUGAAGAUGAAAACCUGCCAGUCCUCACCUAUGCGAGAGCAGAAGAAUGAAACGGAUGGUCAGAUCGAAGUGAAAGAAGAUUUUGUCACUUGCCAUGAAUGUGGGAUGGAUUUUUUGGAUCAAGCAAGUCUUGAGCAGCACACGAGAAUUCACACAGAAGAGAAACUGUUUGUCUGUCCACAGUGUGGAAAGAGUUUCCCGGUGCAACACAGGCUCGAGGCUCAUUUAAGGAUUCACACUGGAGAGAAACCAUUCAGUUGCACAGAGUGUGGAAAGUGUUUCACGCAACAAGGUCAGAUUAAAAGUCACAUGAGAAGUCACACUGGAGAGAAACCUUUCACUUGCCCUCAAUGUCAAACUAGUUUCACAUCGAAACAAAGCCUUAAAAGUCACAUUAGAAUUCACACUGGAGAAAAACCUUUCACCUGCUCUGAGUGUGGAAAGAACUUCAUAACACAAGGAUACCUUAAACGUCACAUAAAAACUCACACUGGUGAGAAGCCUUUCACCUGUCCUCAGUGUGGAAAGAGUUACAAAUUGCAAGAAAGCCUUGAGAGUCACAUAAGAGUUCACACAGGAGAGAGGCCGUUCGUCUGCCCUCAGUGUGGAAAGGGUUUUACAGCAAAACAGUGUCUUAAAAGUCACUUAAGAAUUCACAUUGGAGAGAAACCUUUCACCUGCUCCAUCUGUGGGAUGAGAUUCACACAACAUCAAAGUCUUAAACAUCACAUGUGCACUCACACUGGAGAGAAGCCUUUCAUUUGCCCUGAAUGUGGAAAGCGUUUCACAAUAAAACAACGCCUUGAUAUUCACAUGAGAAUUCACUCGGGGCAGAGACCUUUUUCCUGCUCUCAGUGUAGAAAGAGUUUUACAGUAAAACUUAACCUUGCAAGACAUAUGAGAGUUCACACUGGAGUGAAGCCUUUCUUGUGCCCUCAGUGUGGAAAGAGAUUCACAGUGAAACAAAGCCUCGAGAGUCACAUGACCAUUCACACUGGAAAGAAGCCUUUCACCUGCUCUGAGUGUGGAAAGGGUUUCACGAGUAAACCCAAGCUUAGCUAUCACAUGAGAAAUCACUCAGGAGAGAGGCCUUUUAUAUGUUCUAAGUGUCCAAAAAGUUUCACAGUGAAACAAAACCUUGAUAUUCACAUGAGAAUUCACUCUGGAGAGAAACCUUUUUCCUGCUCUCAGUGUGGAAAAAGUUUCACAAUGAAACAAAACCUUGACAUUCACAUGAGAAGUCACACUGAUGAGAAGCCUUUUACCUGCUCUCAAUGUGGAAAGAGUUACAAAGUGCAGCAAAGCCUUGAGAGUCACAUGAGAGUUCACACUGGAGAAAACCCUUUCACCUGCUCCGAGUGUGGAAAGAGUUUCACAGUUAAACAAAGCCUUAUGAAUCACAUGAGAAUUCACACUGGAGAGAAACCUUUCACUUGCUCCGAGUGUGGAAAGAGUUUCACAGUCAAACAAAGCCUUAUGAACCACUUGAAAAUUCACACUGGAGAGAGGCCUUUCACCUGCCCUCAGUGUCCAAAGAGCUUCACGCAACAUAAACAUCUUAAACGUCACAUAAAAACUCACACUGGAGAGAAGCUUAUUGAUAGAGAAGGGGAAAUCUCUACCGUCACUUGUGUACAGCAUCAGUCCAAAUGAAGUGAUGGCAGUCAUAGCGUACUAGUACAUCUGCCUGCUAUCAGAGGAGAGUGAUGUAGUCAGUUUGUUUGAUUAGGAGACCAGGACUGAUAUGAAACCAAUUGGACAAUUUGGUCAGGAUGCCACGUUUACUCCCCCACUCUUAAUAACCAAAUGUUUCUGUUCAUUUGUACCAAAAAUGCAUGGUAGGACUUUUGGGAUGAUGCUUAUGGAUAGUAUACACUGCUUUAUUCCAUAAAAAUGUAUACUUGUGAAUUUAGAUUUCAUGGUGACCUUAUAUCACAAAACUCUAAGGUCUGGUUUCACAUACAAUGUUUAGACUAAGCCUGGAUUAGUCCAUAGUUCAAUUAGGACAUUUAAAUCAUUUUUCGUAAGCAUGCCUCUUGAGACAAAACAAAGGCAUUGUUAUAUUUUAAGCUCAAUCAGUGCAAGUUUCUUUCUGCUGAAACAGCUCAGAUUUACAUUUUAGUCUGGGACUAGGCUUAAAUCUUGUCUGUGAAACUGGUGGUAGGUGUCUUACCUUGCAGUAUCAGGUUUGAAACAUGAUUAUAAAGUAAAAUGCAACCUACAUUAACAUUUGUAAUAAUUUAUAUUAAACACAUUUAGUUGUACUUAUUUACAAAAUAUAAGCACGAAUAUGAUGGUGGACCAGUUUAAACUAAACGGGUUCUACCAAUAUAACAGCCUCAUGCACAAGUUAACCAACAAGGAAUUCUACUACCAUGUUUGUUUGUAAAACAAAACAUUACACAAACGCAUUAAAUUUAAUGGUACUUCACCAAGAUUAUGACUAAAAAUCUAUGUAUAAUGCUUAAAUUAACCCACAGAGUUCUUCUGUCUGGCAAACACCAUUGAGGUUUGGGGGAUCUGACCAUUUCAUCUUAGUGCUGCACAUUACACAUUUUAAAUUUACAUUUAAACAUUCAGCAGAUGCUUUUAUCCAAAGCAACUUACAAAUGAGAACAAUAGAGUCAAUCAGAUCAACAAGAGAACAACAACAGUAUAGAAGUGCUAUGACAAGUCUCAGUUAGUAUUUUUUUUUUAAAAAUAUGAUAGACAAAAAAAGAAAAGGGAACCACUAAAAGGGACGGUCAUAAAAAUAAAAAAAUACACCCCUGAAAUAUGGUAAAUAAAUCUCAACCACACCUGCUUGAUAUGUCGAAUAAACCUCUUGCAUAGAGAGAAAUAUGCUUGUGUUUUAAAUGUAGGAAUCCUGUUUGACAGAUGAUGUAACCUCCUAGAAGUGAUGUCACUUGAAUGUACAUUAUUUUACAAGGGUUUUUCAUGAAGGUAACAGGGCUGACAUGAAAUCAGAAAAUGCAUAUUUAUGCCAAAAACAUUGCUUAACAAUGAGACUAUAUUUAAAACAAUAUGCAAAUUUGUUUUUUCAUAUAUAUAUAUAUAUAGUUUUGCCUUCAUUUUGAAAAUUAAAAGCCCUUCUGAAAAAGAAAAAUCCCUUUGAAGGACAGCCCAUAAAACUUACCCCUAUCAGCAUAAAUGCUAUUUAGAUCAUUUAAUAUAAUACGUUAUUGAACUAUGUAAUAUUGAUGAAAGUGUACAUAGUAUUGUAAUGCUUUUAAAUUGCACAUUUAUUUGUUGUUAUAUUAAAUCAAUGUUUUGAUUAUUCUUAGGCAUGCAAAAGGCACCGAUUUUGUGGAAUGACCCAAACAAUGAGAAUAACUGUAUUUUCUCCACAAGGAUCUACGUCAAAACAUAAACUUUUCCAACACAUUUUGGCAGCUGGAUACUCAUUAAUAUCCUAAACUGAUUAUCCUCCAUUUUAGGUAGAAUUGGCCAUUUAAGAUAACUACAGAAUUUUUUAAUAUUUACUUUGCAAAUUUUACUGUUUUCAUUUUGAAGGUGUAUUAAAACCUGUAAAUAACUUACUUUUAAUAAAUUCCCUAUUACUUUGUU